AUACCCUAUGACUCGAUUCAAAAAUGUCGGUUGCUUUUAGUAAAGUUGUUUUAAAGUUCAGUUGUUAUAUAUUUUAAAAGUUUUGUUACUUGAUUAUUAAAAUAAGAUCGAUACCGUCUGACUUUGUUCAUCGGUCGCCCUGUUGCCUUACCAGUUUUAAAUUCGGAAUAGACAGAACUUUAAUAAAUAUGCCCAGAACGAAGCGACCGGUGAAGAAACAGAAGGAAAAUGUCGAUAGUGAUGAUACUCUCAAGAGAUUAAAAAAACUAUCGAAUGAUCUACAGAUGAAAGUAGAUUCGCAAGCUCAAAUGCAAAUUGCAAGUGUGGAGAUUGCUUUCAAGAUAUUAUUGGACUCAAUAACUAAAACUAACUUGCAAAAGACUGUGGGUCAAUUGAAAAAUGAACUCCUUCUCAAGGAGCCCACAAACACCCGACCAUCAAGAGUGACUGCAUCGAGCCGUGCUGUAUCAAAUGAUGAUGGCUACCUCACCGAGAACUCAUCCCAGGGCUCCGGGGAUUUUCGUGCUAAGAAAACAUUCAUAACACCUUCAGCAACUCGUUCCACAAGGCGUUCUCGGUCAGCUGACGCCUCUGCCCGUUCAGUUGCAAAGCCCUCAGCACGUGCCACAACGCAACGGCGGCGUAGCAAAAGCGUGUACCGCACGCCGGCCUUGAAUAGGAAUGCUGCAGUUAAUUAUCCUGUUAUAACUCCUAAGGUGACGCCUCACGCACCGUUAACAUUAUUACGUCAGCCGAGGCAAGGAGAGAUGGUACUCUCGAUGUCUGGGUCACCUGUUAUGGUGCCCAGCUGUUCUUAUGCAAUGCAACCUGAUGAAAAAGCAAAUUGCAACAUUCUACUACGAGAUGGUACAAUGCUUUCCCUACAACCAAAGCAGCUCCGACAGUCACAGGCGUACAUCCCAUUCUCUCUCAUGGAUGAUAAUGUCCUGCAUCAGCUCAAGACACUCAAGGAUAACCUGGAUAAGGUUGUUCAACUCGGAGAAAAAGCCAUGAAGUGAAAUAGUGAUAGUGUUAGUGUGAUUAUAGUGACCGUUACAAAGAUAUAUCAAAGUCAGUAAGCCUUUAAGAAAUUUGAUUAUUGAAUUAAUUUUAUAAACUACUUAUUUUAUAUUAAUAU